CUCCAGUACAGCUUCUAGUUGAGCAGAACCAGGGGCCGGGACCUAGCUGGAUCUGACUCCAGAGCCUUCAGCAGGGAAGAAAAAUGUCAGAUGAAGAUGAUCUGGAAGACUUUGAGCCAGACCUGGAUGGUCUGGAAAGGGAAGACGACGACGAGAAGGAGACAGAGGAGUGGGAGGACUACAGGAAAGAGGGAGAAGACUCUGAGGGAUGGAUGUCCACGCCCCUCACAGAAGACAUGAUGAAGGAAGGGCUUUCUGCACUCUGCAAGACGGGUAAUGGACUGGCCCAUGCUUACGUCAAGCUGGAGGUUAAAGACAGGGAUCUGACAGACAUCUACCUGCUGCGUUCCUACAUCCAUCUGCGCUACGUGGAUGUUUCCGAAAACCACUUGACAGACUUGUCCCCACUCAAUUACCUCACCCACCUGCUCUGGCUCAAGGCUGAUGGCAACCGGCUGCGGAGUGCCCAGUUGAACGAACUGCCCUACCUGCAGAUCGCCAGCUUUGCCUAUAACCAGAUCACCGACACUGAGGGCAUCUCUCAUCCUCGUCUGGCCAGCCUGGAUCUCAAAGGGAACCACAUCCACAUGGUGACAGGUCUGGACCCCCAAAAGCUGAUCAGCCUGCACACACUGGAGCUUCGGGGGAACCAGCUGAACAGCACCCUGGGAAUCAACCUUCCUAAGCUGAAGAACCUCUUCCUGGCCCAGAACCUGUUGAAGAAGGUGGAAGGCUUGGAAAACCUAAGCAAUCUCACUACCUUGCAUCUUCGAGACAACCAGAUUGAAACUCUGAGUGGCUUCUCCAAGGAAAUGAAAUCACUGCAGUACCUCAACCUAAGGGGCAACAUGGUGGCUGACCUGGGGGAGCUGGCCAAGCUGCGGGACCUGCCCAAGCUGCGAGCCUUGGUGCUGCUGGACAACCCGUGUACGGACGAGAACGACUACCGCCAGGAGGCCCUGGCGCAGAUGCCGCAUCUCGGGCGCCUGGACAAGGACCUCUACGAGGAGGAGGAGCGGGCUGAGGCUGGUGCGACCCGGCAGCGCGUGAAGGAGGCGCAGGAGGCUGAGCCCGAGCCCGAACUGGGACCGGACCCGUCAUCCAUCUAGCAGUUCCCCGAGCCUCCAAGGACAGCCUAGGAAUUCAUCACAGCCUGCCUCCCAGACUCCGUGAGGGGCACCUGGGCAGCGGUGACUCGGCGGGAGCAGCCCUCCGGCAGGCCUGGUGGGAACCAGGCCUGGAUGGGCCAGGGGAUGCUUGAAGAAUUGGCUGCGGAGGGACUGCGGAGGCGGCGGCCUGGAGUGUUAGGAACAGUUCGU